AAACAACAGGUACCCAAAAGAAAAGAAAAAACAAAGGGAUUGUGUAAUCUCUAUUCACUUCAUUCCCCAUAAUACACUCCAUCACCACGUCGCCUAGGCGCUAUCUCUUCCCUGCCACUCGCCCACCACCCCAGACGCAGAACCCAUCUGCCUUCGCCACUCCCGCCAACGCUUUCACGCUCUAUUCCCCUUUAUAUGCCCAACAAAGCAAUUUCGUCCCAUUAGGCCCGCUCUUCAUGGCUUGCCUGAGCGAUGAGACCUGGGCCGCCACCCUCUCCAAUAAGCUCGCCGAUUGCGCUUCUCUCCGUGAACAAGAACAUGCCGGAGAUCGACCCACCCUUUUCCCUGCGGAUUCUCUGCCAUUUGGGCUCGAGAGGGUCUUCCCCGUUUAUGCCAUGGGAUCCUCGAAGCCCGCCGCGGCCCCCGCCACCGUGGCGGCGAAUUUGGGCGACCCAAUUUGGGACGCCGUCAGAGAGGAGGCCAAGUUGGAGGCUGAGAAGGAGCCGAUUUUAAGCAGCUUCUUGUAUGCCAGCAUCUUGUCACACGAUUGUUUAGAGCAAGCAUUGAGUUUUGUUCUUGCCAAUCGGCUUCAAAACCCCACGCUCUUAGCUACUCAGUUGAUGGAUAUAUUUUGUGAUGUCAUGAUGAAUGAUAGAAGCAUUCAAAAUUCCAUUCGCCUAGAUCUGCAGGCCUUUAGAGAUCGAGAUCCAGCCUGUUUGUCGUAUAGUUCAGCGUUACUGUAUCCCAAGGGUUACCAUUCUCUACAGGUACAUAGAGUUGCACAUGCUUUAUGGAGCCAAGGUCGCAAUGUGUUGGCCUUAGCAUUACAAAGCCGAAUUAGCGAGGUUUUUUGUGUUGACAUCCAUCCUGCUGCAAAAAUCGGAGAUGGAAUACUCUUAGAUCACGCGACCGGUGUUGUUAUUGGUGAAACAGCUGUUGUGGGUAACAGAGUUUCAUUGAUGCAUGUUGUAACUUUGGGGGGCACUGGGAAAGAAGUUGGCGAUCGUCAUCCUAAAGUAGGCGAUGGUGCACUAAUCGGAGCCUCUACUACCAUACUGGGAAACAUUAAAAUUGGCAAUGGGGCAAUGGUGGCUGCUGGUUCCCUUGUGUUAAAAGAUGUCCCCCCACACAGCAUGGUAGCUGGAAUCCCAGCCAAGUUGAUUGGGUAUGUAGAAGAGCAGAAUCCCUCUUUGACAAUGAAGCAUGAUGCUACCAAAGAGUUUUUUGAGCAUGUCGCUGGUAGUAAUUGUUGCAGUGAUGCUAGAGCCAACAGUUAGCACUCUAUAUUAGUCGGUCAAAUAACACAUUCUGGGUUUGGAUUUUCAUGAUCAGUCUACACAAUACGAACACGAUCCAAUUAGAAGAAGCUUAUCUCUUGAUUCUGGGGCUUGGUUUUCUGCAGGUCAGUGCCCCGAAACUAAGGAUAGUCGGCACUGAGGGCCUGCUUCCACCCUCGUUUCAAUAGGCGUCCGUUCAGCGUCUGAAUGACAAAGUGCAAGUGGUAUAUUAUAAAGCUUGUUCUUUUAGAUUAGUUUUUACUUGGUAAGGUAAUAAGAUGAAAUGUAGUAGUAGGAAUCGGAGAGGAUUAUGCUCCGGUAAGAUUGGGGAAUGUUUUUGUAUAAAUAAUUGCGUUUUUGUAUAAAUAAUUGCAUCUCUUCUUAAGUAAUGUAUAAAAGUUUUUACAA